AUGCUGGCGACUAGAAACUUGUUGGGACCAAGGAGUCAUACCUCUCCAUCUUCUUGUUACACUGUGCCAGCCCUGACGGGUGACGGUUACAAGCCACCAGCACUUGUGGGCCAGGGGUGGCAUGCAUGA